GAUACAUCGUCAUUUUUAGUAUGACAAAUAUAGUCGUUUACCUCUAUAAAGUGUUACCAUCUUGCAUAGUUUGAAAUCGGAUAUUAGGAGGUUUAUUCCGCUGGCCUAACGACAUCUUCUUCUUUUAAUCUACAAACCAAUCUUUUCAUCAUUUUACUGGUUUAAAAAAAAGUUUUGCUACGUUUGUUGAAAGAUAAGGGAAAUGGCUAAUAAGAACACUCAAUCCUGGUUUGCGCUGGUCGCAGUUUUCGGCGCCAUCUUGUGCUUUUCGUCACCUGCGGAAGGACUCGGGACGGUGUAUGAUGUCGACGCCAACAAAUAUGUCGGACGCUGGUAUAACAUGUACACAAAUUUCUGGACAGACUCAUUCACUGGAAUAGAUGGCGCAGAAUGUACAACAGCUGAAUAUGGGAAGGUCUCUGAGACCAAUUUUACCGUGACCAACGCUUACAGCGUAGGAGAGGGGGAACCUGUUACCAGCAGCGGCUAUGCCUGGGUUCCUAUCCAAAGUGAACCGGGAAAGGUUCUCAUCGAACUUGAUAACGAUGCCGCAGCAAGUACAUAUUGGAUUCUCAAACUCGGCCCCAUCGUCGACGACCAGUACGAGUACUCGGUCGUCACCGACAGCCAAGCCCGUUCACUCUCCGUCCUCGCCCGUGACCCCGAGACCUUUGACAUCAACUAUGACGCCGAGGUCACCGAGUAUCUUCUCAUUACAGGUUUCACAAGUCCGACGACCCAACGCGUUCGAGUUUACCACGGGGACGACUGCACAUAUCUUUCUCCUGAGGCAUAAGAUUUAAUUCUCGUUGUUCUAAUAAUUUCUUUAUUUCAAAGAACAGUACUUGCAUAAUUAUAUUAUAAUAAUAAACAUAACCAGAUUCAUGAACCUAUUCGGGUUCAAGGCAAUAAUACAAUUCAAAUUAGAGUGACUUUAGGAGAAAACAUAUCGUCAUUAUUGACAGUUGUAUGCGGGUAAGAUAAUAAUGAGAUGCGAGGGUAACGUAUUGAUUAUCAUAAUUUAUGGGUGGUGGGUACAGGUACAUGGUUUAUACUUGUCAAUUACAGUUUUAUCAAUACUCAUCUGGUACAAAUAAAUCAUUGAUGAAGAUAUUUUCUGCAAUAAAAGUUAGCGAUUCCUAUAUCAACACAAAGAACAUUGUGUCGGCAUUUGAACUAGUUUCAACGAACCAUGCAACACCGGGGGUAGGGCAGGCGUUGAGCGGCUUCAACGGCUGGUUGUGGAAGCCGAUGCAUUGUCGAUCACAAAACGAAUAGGAACACAUCAACAGUUCUAUGAAUUAAAUCACUAUCCGCAUCUAAAUCCCCUUUGAGUUUACACAAGUAACGUCUAAACUGUGUUGUAGUGCAUGGUUACUAAUAUAUUCCUUAAAAGGAUAGU